AUGCAGACAUGCAUUUCUCGUCAUCACACGUCAAAGCUGACGUUGAUAGGCACGUGUGUGGGCGCGAAGGUGGCCAAGGCUGUGCUGAUGUCCGCCGCGGCUGGGAAGCUGACGCCGGAGAUUGUGGGCGAGGCGCUCAUAUCUUCGUCGACGAUUCGCGGACACGUGCAGCGAGAGGCGAUGCGACUACUCGUCGUUCGCGUCUCCAUGCGUACACCGCGCCAGCUGCAGUGGCUGCUGCAUAUCAUCGGCGACUGCGCCGGAGGCCUUUCCGCCACCGAUGCGCUGAGUUCUCUAGCGAAGCGCUCCCUCUUUUACCAAGUCACCUCGUUUGGCCUGCACGGCUCGGCGGCCUCGGCGAUAACCACGGCCGCGCUACAGGUCGGUAUCACCACAUGCACCCUUCUCACCAGCAAUGCCGCCUUCUGGCGUGACCGGGACAGCCGCAUGUCACUUCGGCAAUACCGCUACGAGCUUCUCACUUCUCUCUACACAAGUGUCGGCACCGUUGCCGGCGGUGCCGUAGGAGCGGCGCUGGGGUCAAUGGUGAUACCAGGCAUUGGGACUGCGUUUGGAUCUGUGCUCUGCUCCGUUGGCGGUGGCUACGUGCCAGGUUAUCUGCGAGACAAGAAGGGCCCAGACGACCGGCGUCGUCAGCAGGCGGUGUCGCUUCGUCGCUUCAUCCCACUUCAGAUGCGCGACGCGUCGGAGGACACCGUGCUCAUGUCUGUGGAGGAGCUUACCGAGACACCGCCCAUCGCACCAGAAACGACGGCGGUGCAACAGCUCCAGGACCACAGUAGUACCGGCGCGGGAAAUGACGGCGCAUCGAAGGCCACAGUGGUGGAUGCUGAAGAGGGUGGCGUGGAGGAGGAGGAGGAGGACGAGGUAGUAUGGCUAGACUUUGUCCGCUCCAAGACACCUGCUACCAUUGUGCCAACGGAGCCGUCCACGGAUACCGCGGCGCAUGCUGAUGGAGAGGACGGCAACCAAACGGCGCUCAUGCGCAGCUGCCUGCGGUUUAGCCCAUCGCUGGCGGUUCUUUCACAGAGGGGGAGCAUUCGCGCUGGCUGUGACGGUUCGAUGCACUCCCGCGGAGCCUCGUCUUAUGAAAGAGACGCCUCUGGUGCUGAGACCUCCACGAUUGUCUCUCUCUCCUCCGGUCGCUCGUUGUGCAGCGACGCAGCUGAUGCUGUGACUGCAACCACGGCUGCCGAGCGCUUCGAGGGUCGCGCGAGGUACGUGACGGCGUCAGGGGUGGAGGAGCUCCAACAAGAGCUGGAGAAGUACGGUGGGGAAAACGACGUGCUGUUUUUGUUUGCGUAG